GUAGGGUUUCUUGGCCGCGCGUCCACGUCACAUCGCUGUAUUUCAUUCAGACGAUUCACGGGUGAGAAGGUGACGAAGUCCGCAGUGACGAAGCCCACAGUGACGAGAGGUGAAUUUGGUAAUCAAGGGGCCGACAGGCCCCUCCUCCCAGCUCGGAGAAGUAUAAAUAUAUUAACGGGAUGGUUUUAAGCGAGUGGACAUCUAGCCUUGCUCGAAGGAGUGCUCACAGUGCGAAAUUCGCUUGAAACAUUACGUUGAAUGCCAUGGACAGGGUUACAGCUGUGAGCUACUGUUUAGGACUCCUGAGUUUGUUUCUACUGCUCAAUGUAGACGGGAGGAGCAUAUUCAAUCCAGGAAAUCCUGCUUUUAGUCCGAAAGAAGACACAGAUUCCCAGAGCAAGAUUCUGGCUCUAUUACUGCACAAAAGCUUGGUCCCAGUGGAAAAGGAUAAUCCUCUGGGUGUCGAGCUGGCUAAUAAAUUAGCUGAGAUCGAGGAGCUGAGAGAGCUGAGGGAGGAGCUGGAGCUGGAGAGGAAGAUUACAGCUAAUAUGGUAGAAGGCAAAUCCAUAACAAGGAAACGCGGAGAACCCUGCUUCUGGAAGUACUGCGUUUGAGACGGAUGCAAGAGGAGGAUAACCACUGUGAAAUCUUGCUGCAAAGCCCAACAUAGCCUUAAAACUCAGACUAGCAGUAGUAUAAUCACACUGUAUUUAUCCCAGCAAUAUAGAGUUUAACAUAGUUGUUUCAUUAAUAAAGGUUUCGUUUCACCGUGGCUUUACAUCUAGAAUCUGUAAAUAAUCAGCUGCUCACUGGAAAUACUUGAGGGUCACAUAUGACGAAACAUUACACAUUACUUUGCAUGACACGUGUUUUUGUCGCCCUCCUGUGGUAGAAUUGGGAAUUACAUGCUUGUUUGUUUUUCACACCAUUACCUACAAGUUCUGUCGCCUCAUCACUGCUUAUAGAAAUGCCCCGCUGUUAAUUUUACUGUGUAAAUAAAAUCAUGAUGUGAAUCUGUA